CAGAGCUCAUCUGAGUAACCGGAAGUAGGGGACAUUUGCUUAUAAAAGGAGAAAACGGACAAGAAACACUUCAGGUUAAAAGGAGUAAACUUAGGUGUCCUUACUGCUGACAUUUUCUUCCCCUGUGUGUUCCUGGAAAUGGCAUCCUCAAAUCAGAGCAGCAGCGAAAAGAAUUUCUUUGACUCGGAGUUAGAUGAGGACAGUCUGGUUAUCACAUUGGUUCCAGUGAGAGAGGAACCUAACGGAGAGCAACAAAUAGAACCAAGUGUUUCUUCCACCGCAAAAACGGCAGAGGUCACACUGAAAAAGCCUAGGAAAAACAAAGUUCCUCUCCCUCAAAUGAAUGAACAAUUCAGAGCUCGCUCAAAACCGAGUUAUAGGACACCAACCCUUCCUCUGCCGGCCAUUUUGCCCCCAGUUAAUGAGGUACACCGGGACACUUUGAGGAACUGGUGUCAGCAAGUACGUUUGAGUACCCACGGCCAGAAAAUAGAUAUUUAUCGGAGGCUGCAGAAACAUGCUUACCCUGAGCAAAAACAGGAUAUUCCUGACACACCACGGGAGGCCAAGCUGCAGCCAUGUUCCAGGAAACAGGCCCGUUUUCCAGGAAAUAUGGCGGCCAAGAGAGCAAAGCUUCAGGAAAGUUGUAAGGCUAGGGAGAGAGAGGAAGGGAUGAAUAUAGUUGAAGUGGUCUCUUCAGCUCAGGAGGCCACACUGGCUUCCUGGGCAAGAAUUUCUUCCAAAGCUCUUCAGCCUAGGGCUGUGAAUUCACGUCCUAUUCCUGCUUCAGCUGAGACCUUUUUGCUGCAAGCCUCUGGCAGCAGAUGGUGCGUGGUCCAUGGCAGAGUCCUCCCGGCAGAAACAGAGGGCUGGGUUCGCCUGCAGUUCCAUGCAGGUCAGGCCUGGGUGCCCGACUCCCCCAGGAGGAUGGUCUCUCUCUUCCUGUUACCAGCUUGCGUUUUCCCAUUCCCAGAUGUAGAAGAUAAUAUGCUGUGUCCUGAAUGUGCUAAGAGGAAUAAGAAGUUGAUGAAAAGAUUAAUUACACUGGAGAAGAAAAAGCAGUCUGGUGUGAACACACCAACGUCAGUCCUUUUGGAUGGGCAAAGUAUUAGUAAACAAUCAAUGAUGGAGAGCCCAUACCCUAAUUGA